AUGGAUGGUAUAGGUGAGUUAGGCGUUUAUCAAAUAUGUGGGACGGGGAGCGAAACUUUAAAAGAGAAUUGGUUUGGUAAUAUAUGGAGAAGUUCUCGCAAGGGUAGAACAUUGGAUCCUCAGAAGCCUGUGAUUGGAAUUUUGGCAUUUGAAGUCUCGAGGUUGAUGUUGAAGGUGGUUAAUAUAUGGCAAUGUCUUGGUGAUCAGCAGAUUGUUAAAUUGAGAGAGGAGAUUGUAAACUCGAUUGGCAUUCAAAAACUAGUUUCCCGAGAUAAGGACUAUCUGAUGGAUCUUGUUCUUGCUGAGAUAUUUGAGAAUCUGGUGAGUGUGGCGAAGUCAGUGGAUAUUCUGGGGAAGAAGUGCGAAGACCCACUAUACAACAAUCUUGAACGAGUAUUUGAUGAUCCAGGCGAGAUAGAUCCCAAAUGGAUAUGGUGGCAAUACAGGCUCAAGAAGAUGGAGAGGAAGGUUAAGAAAAUGGAGAAGUUUAUUGCGAGCACGGAGCAGUUGUAUCAAGAGCUUGAAGAAUUGGCAAAGCUCGAACAGAGUCUGAGGCAAAUGAGGGCUGGUGUUGAUAUGGGCAGCCAAGAGAAUUUAUAUUGGGUUCAGCGGAAGGUAGUGUUGCAACGUCUGGAAGUGAAGAAUCUCCAGGAGACAUCUCCUUGGGUUAGAACACAUGACUAUAUUGUACGGCUGCUUUUGAGGUCUCUAUUUACGAUUCUUGAGAGGAUCAAGCAUCUACAUAGAACAAACCAGAUCGGAAAAAUUGAGGACCAUAGCAGUGAUUCCCUUAUACGUGGAAAUUCUGUCUCAGCUCGGAUGCAAUUGUCAGUUUAUACAUCUGAAAACAAGUUGCAUAGUUCAUUUUCUGAUCUGGCCCCGUCUGAUGACAAGAUUAGAUCAAGGAAUAAGCAGUUGCUUGUUCUUUCCCCAUCAUCCAUCCAUUCGGAGAAAAGUACUCAAAUUAAAGGUAGACAAUUAGCUCCCAAUGGCUUCAAAGGACUGGCGACUGGUGGAAAUAACUCGCCUGUUAAAGGGAGCUAUACACAUUCAAGCAGCGGCACUUUGGGGUCAAACGAUACUUCUAACAAAGACACUAAUGACAACAUUGCAGUUCCAACUCGAUACUGUGGCACAACUUCCACUAAACAAUCUUUCUUCAAUUCCAAGCGGAAGCUGUUAAAUGCCCCUCCAGCUACUCUCGGUAAUGCUGCUUUGGCUCUCCACUAUGCAAAUGUCAUCCUAAUAAUCAAGAAGCUAGCUUCAGCUCCUGAAUUGAUCAGUGAUGACUCGAGAGACGAUCUUUACAAUAUGUUACCAACAAGUAUCAGAAACCAUCUGAGUGCAAAGCUCAAGGUAUUUUCAAAAUCCUCAGGUUCAAUGACUUAUGAUGCCUCCUUUCGAGAGGAAUCGAAGUUAGCACUGGCAAGAACACUGGAAUGGUUGUCUCCACUUGCUCUUGACACAAUAAGAUGGCAUUCUGUUCAGAACUUUGAAAGGCAUAGAGUGAUUUUUGGGUCAAACGUGCUUCUUGUUCAGACCCUUCACUUUGCGAAGCAAGUAAAGACGGAAGCAGCAAUUUUCGAACUUCUCAUGGGAUUAAAUUACCUCUCAAGAUUUCGGAGAGAAAUUAAAGAAAAAACCUCCCUACAGUCUUCUUGCAAUCGAGCAUGUGAUGGUUAUAUUUUAUCCAAGAGUAACAUUUAUUACAGCAUGAUUGAUGAUACAUCGUUAUAG